UCCUCAUCUAUAAGAGAAAAUUCUGAAAGUACAUAUUGGUAUGUUUAAAUGGAUGGGCUGACUACAUGGUUGUAUAGGAAGAGCUGUAAUAUAGGUUUUUCAGCUCAUUUUGUUGUCUCUGCACAAAGCAAAAUUUUCAGUAUUAUUACCAGAAGUAUUAUAGUGGUACCUACAGGUCCCAGUUAAAAAAUAAUUCAGUUCUAAUUUACAAGGAAGUACACUUUUAUCUGAGAGUUUUAAAACAAAGGAGGAGGUUUAUUAACAAUUCUAUUAUAUAUUUUUUUUCUUUCUUAACAGGAAACUCACAUUAUUCUCUUCGUGGCCAGCAGAAAAAAUAGACUUUCUUGUUCAUUGCUCCCUACGGAGAUUUUACAGGACAGGAACUACUGUUGUCCCAGACAGCUUGAACUCUUACUUCUUAGUAGUUGUAAAAUCAGGUCGAUGUCUGGUAGCAACACAACUAAAUCAAGAGAGAAUUUCUGCACGCUCCAGUGAAAUGCACAGUUUUUCUUCUGUUCAUAAAAAAUUUAUUGCACUGUCUUUGUUAGAAGAAAAGAAGGAUUUCACUUGGAGGCUCUUGAAAAGACCUGCUGGGCUUUCACAUAAAUCCUAUUCGGCAACUCAUAGAACCAGCUGUAACCAAAUACCUAGAAGACUGAGGCCGCAGACUGCUGCAGUAUCAUGUUAUUCACUCAGAGAGAGAAAAUCCCCCAGUGAUCUGGAACAGAAAGAACCAAGUGAAAGAGAUCAUCAGAUGAGGAAAGUCAUCAAGAAACAAAAGGUAGCUUCAUCAGCUCCUCUGUUCCUGAAGACCUGGGCUCUGGAACAAGAGGGCAUUUUUGGCUUGGCUGAAACAAUGGACAAAUUUUGUGGCCUGAAGUUCAGCUUGAUCAGUGAAGGAGCAGAGUGCAUUUUUAUUCCCAAAAAAAUUUUUCUUGAGAAAGCACCUGACAAAUCCAAGAGAGCAGCUCUUGAGCUGGUGAGCACCUUUCCCACCAAGAAGAUGAUUAGAGAGAGUUACACCAGGCAGCAGGCUUGGAGCACCUACAAGGCCAAAGUUGUGGGAGAGCAGAUCAAGAGAUGCACUAGACCAACUUCAGCUCGUUUUUGUUUUUAAAGGCAACUGAUUGUAGUUGAUUAAUUUAUGGCUAGGUACUUCUUCCUUUAAUAAAUUAGAUAAUGAUGCUUUAUGCCAGGGCUGUCCA